UUCGAACAAGUAACAGCGUUUCUCUUCUCAAGAUCCAACGUAACCACAUCCAACCAACAUAGUGGUCCUUCGAGCCGGAUAGUCAGCGUUUUAUUCAAAAUUAGAAAAAUUGGUAGAAAAUAUGGAUAACGUAGAACAAUUAUUAACAGUGCUCCAAGACAUACGCCAACACAUUACCCGAAUUUAUGAGAAUUUCAAGAAGACUUCAAAAAGUCGUCUGACCGAAGGAUAUGUUGAAACCAAAAUGUCGAUCUUACAAGAAUACUGGGUCGCCUUCACAAAUAAUCAUAACAGCUUAAUAAGGAUAGUAACGAAAGAACAAAGAAAAUCAUUGGAGUAUUUCAAGAACGAAGUAUUCGUCGACUGCGAAGAGACCUACAUUCAAGGUAAAGCAGCUAUGAAAGAUUUUCUUCAGCCAGCACAUCCCCAAAGCAGCAGCAUACCAGCUAUCGGCAGCCCACCAAGUAUGAAGCAGCAGGUAAAAUUACCAAAUAUAGAAGUACCCACAUUCGCCGGUAAUUAUGAAGAUUGGCCAACAUUCCAAGACCUUUUUAUCUCCCUCAUUCACAAGAACGAUGGAAUUAGUAAAGUACAAAAACUACAAUAUUUAAAAUUGAGUGUCAGCGGGGAAGCAGAAAAUUUACUUAAACAUAUACAAGUAACGGAGGACAACUACGAUCAAGCCUGGGAAGUGUUGAGGCAGCGUUAUAACAAUAAACGUCUCAUUGUAACAUCUAUUUUAAGGAAAUUAUUUAACCAGAAAAAGUUGCAGAGUCCAUCGGACAUCCUGUUAAAUAUUGUCGAUCAUCUAGCACUUGCAGGAUUUGUCACAAACGGCAUCACACGCUUCUUCAUCAUUCACCCACAGCGAGUACCCAAGACAACUUACUUCAAGAAUACCAAACACAACAUUGCAAUACAGCGACUGGCCCCACAUACAAGGACUUGAGUUAGCCGAUCCAAGUUUCAACAUUUCAAGAUCUGUAGACCUACUGUUGGGAGUAGAUGUAUAUUCA